AUGUCUGUCCAGUUUUCUGCACAGGCACCCUGGAGGAACAACAACAUCAGUUUUCUGACCAGAGAGGCAGCUGUAACAGAACAAGGAGAGACUAUCAUAGGUUUCUACCUCUUGGCUUUAGGUUGGCUGUCUUGGUUUGGAAACAGCAUUGUGAUUUUUGUCCUGUAUAAACAAAGACAUCUUCUUCAGCCUACUGACUACCUCACAUUUAACUUGGCAGUAUCAGAUGCUAGUAUCUCCGUGUUUGGUUAUUCACGGGGGAUCAUUGAAAUCUUCAAUGUCUUCAGAGAUGAUGGGUUCAUUAUCACAUCAAUAUGGACCUGCCAGGUUGAUGGUUUCCUGACGCUUCUCUUUGGCCUGGCUAGCAUUAAUACUCUUACAGUGAUCAGUGUGACUCGCUAUAUCAAGGGCUGCCAUCCUGAGAGAGGUCACUGCAUCAGCAACAGCAGUAUGACGGUGUCUCUGGUUCUCAUUUGGGUAGCAGCUUUCUUCUGGUCAGCAGCUCCAUUACUUGGCUGGGGCAGUUAUACAGAUCGCAUGUAUGGCACAUGUGAGAUAGACUGGGCAAAAGCCAACUUCUCUACAAUCUACAAGUCCUACAUCAUCUCCAUUUUUAUCUGCUGUUUUUUCCUACCUGUCACAGUCAUGGUCUUCUCCUACGUGUCAAUUAUCAAUACUGUCAAACUAAGUCAUGCAUUAACAGGACUGGGUGAUCCCACAGACAGACAGAGGAGAAUAGAGCGUGAUGUCACCAGGGUUUCUAUUGUCAUUUGCACAGCCUUCAUUAUUGCGUGGUCACCAUAUGCUGUCAUCUCUAUAUGGUCAGCCUAUGGUCACUCUGUGCCCAACCUGACCAGCAUCCUUGCCAGUUUGUUUGCUAAGUCUGCUAGCUUUUACAACCCCAUUAUCUACUUUGGAAUGAGCUCCAAAUUUCGGAGGGACAUUUUUGUCUUGUUCCAUUGUGCCAAGGAAGUCAAGGACCCUGUGAAGCUUAAACAUUUCAAAAACCUCAAGCAAAAACAACCUCAGCUUGAAAAGAAAGAAGAGAAGUAUGCAGCAGAAAUGCACCCUGCACCAAGCCCUGAUUCCGGGGUGGGAAGUCCAACCAACACCCCACCUCCAGCAAAUGGGGAAGUGUAUUUUGGUAUUCUCGAUACGCCAUCUAAUAACCCUGAUAUUGAAUGUGAUAGAUUGUGAGUUCUGCGGCUGCUUAAUACACACACUUUGUGUUCAGGAAGACCCUCUUCAGAUCAGUGCUUGAAUGACUUCCUAAUUCCCAUUCCAUCUGUUUCUUGCUAUAGCACUGAUAACUAUGCAACUCAAGCAAUUCAGAUGGUAAAGUGAUAUUUUCCUUCUGUGUAGGUACAAAAUGCUACAAAGCACAUUACA